AAUGAAAUUCAUUAUUUGAAUCUGCGUCGUUUGGCUUUUCUGAGAUAUAAUCAAAAGAAGCUUCAACCCAUAUUCUCAUCCUCUUUCACUUUUCAAUUUCAAUUUCUGUUUCAGUUUUAAUUUCAAUUUGGUUCAUCAAUCUAUCAAUUCCCAUCCUCAUGUCCGACGGAUAUUGGAGAUACGCCGCCGAAUCGCGGCAUGCCCCUUCCUCUAUCGCCGGCAAGCGCUCUCGUUCCGACUACGAUGUCUCUGGUGUUCAUGACUUGCCCAAUUACUUUCCCCAUGAUGAUGAUAGAGGAGGGCUACGAGUAGUUAGAGAUGCUGAGUCCCUUGAUGCAUCUUAUGAGAGUUACCUCCGUAGUGCGAUUUCAUCAUAUGGUUCCGGACAGUCCACUAGAACCAUUGGAGGGCGAGUUCCCAAUCGUACUAUUGACGAUUCAAAUGUUGCAAAUAUUGGGGGAGUAGACAGGGGAACAGAUGUAAAAGACAAAAUCCUGGGGUUUAGUAGUGGAAGGGCUGACCAUUCUCUUCCACCUGAUGCUACCAGUACACUGUUUGUUGAGGGUUUGCCUUCUAACUGCACAAGACGGGAAGUAGCUCGUACAGAUAUAUUUCGUCCUUUUGUUGGCUACAAAGAAGUUAGGCUUGUUAGCAAGGAGUCAAGACAACCAAGGGGUGAUCCAAUGGUACUUUGUUUUGUCGAUUUUUUGAGUCCGGGUCAUGCAGCAACUGCCAUGGAAGCAUUGCAGGGAUAUUUACCUGGAACAGCAGAAAAAAGUGCAANGCUUAAAGUAUUUUUUAAUUUUGAAGAUGUCUCUGGUGUUCAUGACUUGCCCAAUUACUUUCCCCAUGAUGAUGAUAGAGGAGGGCUACGAGUAGUUAGAGAUGCUGAGUCCCUUGAUGCAUCUUAUGAGAGUUACCUCCGUAGUGCGAUUUCAUCAUAUGGUUCUGGACAGUCCACUAGAACCAUUGGAGGGCGAGUUCCCAAUCGUACUAUUGACGAUUCAAAUGUUGCAAAUAUUGGGGGAGUAGACAGGGGAACAGAUGUAAAAGACAAAAUCCUGGGGUUUAGUAGUGGAAGGGCUGACCAUUCUCUUCCACCUGAUGCUACCAGUACACUGUUUGUUGAGGGUUUGCCUUCUAACUGCACAAGACGGGAAGUAGCUCAUAUAUUUCGUCCUUUUGUUGGCUACAAAGAAGUUAGGCUUGUUAGCAAGGAGUCAAGACAACCAAGGGGUGAUCCAAUGGUACUUUGUUUUGUCGAUUUUUUGAGUCCGGGUCAUGCAGCAACUGCCAUGGAAGCAUUGCAGGGU